UCACAUCACACACGUGCCUAGUGCUAUAUCGCGGCCGGUGAUGCUGCCGCCGCCUCCGUCACUAUAUUAUUAUUAUUAUUAUUAUCAUCAUGCACUUAUGCAGUAUAAUCGUUAGUUUUACACGCGCGCCUUUAGCGUGCGUGUGCGUGUUGCCAUCGCCGUGUUACUAUUAUAAUAAUACUUGACGUUUUAAAUAUUAGACAUGUUUUUUUAUAAGACAUCAUAAUUUUAAACGAAAUAUCGCGAUUACAACGACUUCCGCUCGCCGUACAAAUAAUAAUAAUCUAGUCGAUAAUAUUUUAGAUAUAUAUCACACGUGUUAUACUUUAUUUAUCAUUUAUUACUAAUGAAUUAUUGACAUUAUGAUUAAUAUUGUAAAAUCGUAUUUUGUUGAUUUCGUCGUAAUCGCCGUCCGCCAUAUCGCCCGCAUCGCGUCUAUCGCUUCGACUCCGCCCGCGCAGAGCAAAGUCCUGCACGCGGAUCGCACUCUUCGCUUGUCGUCGUCAUUUAUUAAUAUGUGAUCCAUGGUCGUCGUCGUCGUCGUUAUCGGUAGUAAAUUAAAAUAUACACAUUUCAACUACCUAUUUCUGUCGUCGACUACUGCCACUGCCACCGCGCACAGCGGACUACGAAAAUAAACGCGUCCGAGAGUCGACUGCUCCCGGGCACACGUCGGCUCAUCGUCGCCGUCGUAGGCACUAAUAAUAAACGUAGGUCGGACUCGAACGCGGACGGGCGCGUCUUUAUACUGUUUAUUACCGCCGCUCCUGCUAAUAAUAUCAUUACAAAUUAAUAAACAUAUAUUAUUCAUUUUUUAUUUUGUGCGUAGGUAGCACAGCGUUGUACCCAUCGAGUGUUUUUUUUCUAUUCGUUUUCUUUUCCAUUAUCGUCUCCGUUUUCGCUCGACGCUAUAUAUCGGUCGAACUGCAAUACGUGAUUUAAUUGUACAACACACGUCGCACAUUACGCCAUCGAACUGAUAUCGUUUAUAUACAAUAUAUAUAUAUAUAUAUAUAUGCUACAGUUAUACGUAUAAUUUGAUUUUGUUUUCGAUUUGUUUUCGCGUCUUACGUAAUAGUGUGUAAUACCUGUAUAAUCGUAAUUAAUAAUUAUUGUAUUAGCUGAUAAUCGGCGUGGUCGUGAAAUGGAAUGCCGUCGGACUGUCGUUACCGGCGGAGUGUUGCGAUCGCCUCCGUCCGCGUCAGCUGCGCCACUGACGAUGGCUGCGGGCGUGAUGCGGCACCGGAGCCUCCGUCACGGUCGGUUGUACGAUUGCGACGACGAAGUCGUUGACGAGUACAACAACAACAACAACAGCAACGUGUAUGCGACCACGAUAAACAAUACGACGCAGCUCGUCGACGAGUUGGAACAGCUGCGGACUGACAACUUUCAGCUUCGGUUGCGCGUCUACAACGCCGAACGGCGAGUGGACAAGCUCUCGGCGGCCGCGCUCGAUCGGGACCGGGAAAAGCGCAGCAACAGUACCAAUACCGAUAGCGACGACACCGAUGACAGUAGCGACCACAGCGACACCGACCACAAUAACGCGGCGGCCAAGGCGACCGCCGAAGCUGCCGUGCGCACUAUCCACGACUUGUUAACGGUCAACCGAAGACUGCUGGCACUGCUGGCGGCCACAGUUUCGGCCAAAUCGGUUUCCUUGUCUGCCGACGACAAACGACGUUGGCGGCGAUUGCGAAAGCACAUCGAUGACGGCACGAAAGAAGAGAAGACAAACAACGAACUCGACGAAGUUGACGACGAAUUCCAUGACGCGUCUGCGACGGAUUCGGAUACGUCAUGCAAAUCGCGGGUAGCGUCUGCGGAGCGUUCCGCGACGAGACAAAACGUUCUGCGUUCGCCUCCGCCUCCACCGGUACCGUCGUCGUCCGCACCGCUCGAGACCACGGGCGAAGACGAUGAAGGUGCCGGCUCUGAAGUGUCCCGUUUACGAGGACGGUGCAGACGGCUGGAGCGGUCACUACAGCAGCUAGUCAACACAGAACUGUGGGCCCGGAACCGGCAGAUUGGCAAGCUCGAGCAACAAAAGUACGCGACCCAAGUGGCCGACGCGGCUGCACAGAAAGACAGGAAACCGGCUGAGGCGGUGGCUGCGGAUGUAGCUUCACCGCAACAACAUUAUCUGCAGCAAUUCCGUUCAAAAGCCGCGUCGACUACUCCGCUACCCGCGGUGACCAAAGGAAUCCUAGUAAAACGGUUGCCCGCGGAGACAUCUACCGCAACAACAGCAUCAACGGCCGUCGCGGAAUCACAGAACCAUCGAAAGUCACCGCUAACGGUAACUACAAUCACGACACCGCCACCGGUGUUGCCGGACUAUUCGGAAGUGAACUUUUUCUUCAGCUGCGACGAAGAAGAAGAAGACGACAACGACGAAGACUCCGCAGAGAUGAACACUUCGUCGUCGUCGGAAGAGGAAACCGCGGAUUCGAACGACUGCGGGGGCGACGAAAAGCCUGUACGGUUAACUGCGAUCGGCGCUCCGGUAUCGUCGACGAGUACGCGGAAACGACACUGUCGACCCCAUCAUCGGCAACUGCAACAGCCAACCUGCAAAGGCGUUGGCGACGCGGCCACCGUCACUACGACGUCGUCCUCGUCAACGGAGUCUGAUGCGACCGCGGACGAAGCGGACGAUUUGAACGGCGAUGCCGUUACCGUGACAACGACUGCCGCUACGUCGCCCACCGCACGAAGUCGGACCGUCAGUGGCGGCGGUUUGCACAGAAGGCGACGGUGCAGGCCACCCCGCCGAUGUUCAACUUGCGGCCGUUGUAGUGGCGCCGUGGACGCCGCGGAGGCGGCUGCAGAUCGCGCGAAGCCGCCGCCGUCCUUGACCGACGCCCAAGUGCAGUGCGGUGACGGAAACGUGGCUGCCGACCACGACUGCAGCAAUGAUGAUCGUGACGUUGCGGGCGAAUCGCAACUGCAACUAUUGCGCCGCGAACUGGACGCCCGGCGGCGUGAAAACGGUCGACUGUACGACAUGUUGCUGAAAUUGCAACGCGGAACGCAAUCGGGCGACCGGGGAAAGGGCGACGGUGGCCCGAGAAUUCCGUCACCCGACUUAUCGUCGGACUCAGACCCGAGUGGUUCGCCCGAACCGUAUCGGCGCGCGCCCGGAGCGGUCCGCGAUCGCAUCGCCGACCUGUUGCCACCGCUCCUGUCCAUACGAUCGAUUUCAGACGACGACGACGACGACGACAACGGUGGCCGUCAACGUGACCAGCCGGACGGCGCGGAACAACAGCAACAACAACAGCUGAUGCUGUUGACCCGUCUCCGGGAACGCAUAGUGGCGUACGAACGGCGAGAACUGAACGGCGGCGACGAUCGCGCUGCGGUGCAGUCGGCGCGGCCGGAAGACACGUCGAACGAUGCCGUCCGCCGCAUGGACCGCACCGAUCUGGUAAACGUGGCGCUCCCGCGGGUCGUAGAACGGCUCCGCCAGGCGCUCGUGCCACUGUUGCAACAUCGGCGGGAAAACGAUGUCGCCGCGUCGGCCGGUGCAGGUAGAUCCUCGAACGUCGGCGAUGGCGAUGCAUUCAUCGACGGCGCACGACCGUCGCCGCCGAGGGAAGAGCGAUGACAAAGAUUUUGUAUGUAGUACCACCCCUCUCGGGAAACACUAUGAUGUGUGUGUAUGCUUUAUUAUGUAUUGUUGCUCUAUCGUUUGAAUAAUAUUGCUGUAUAUACCUUGCGCGUAACGGUAAUUGAAUCGGGUAAAUAUGGCCACGUGGGUUCGGUUUCACGGAGUGGUUUCGAUUUUUGUUUUUGUUUUUAAUAUUAUGUAAUAUGUAUUGUAUACAAAUAUUUUUUUUUAUUGUUGACGUUUAUUUUUAUUUUAUUACGACAUUUUUCAAUUUUUAUACGCCAAACUAUAUAUACACAAUUAUUGUCAUUAUAAAUUAUUACAUCUUACGAUGUAUACUGCAAUUAUACCUAUAAUAAUACUUAUAUUAAUUUGCCAAAAGACUCAUAUUCGUGUGCCAAAAAUAAAAAUGCAUUUAUGUACCUACUAAUAUAUGAUUUAAUGAUUACUAUCUGCUAUUGUGAAGAUUUAAUUUGUAUUAUUUUUUUAUAUGUAUAUGUAUAAUAAUCAAUGAGCGCGAACAAAAAAAAAUUAUUAUAUUGAUUAUUUAUAUAACUUAUUACGCAUAAAUAUAUACUUUUACAAUUGUUAUACGUCAUAUUACUUGUUAGUUAUUAUAUAUUAAAUCACUACAUAAUGUAUUUUUAUUGUAUUUGUCAGUUACUUGUAUUAUUAAUAUAUUAAUAAAUUAAUAACAAUAAAAUAUAAGUUAAUUGACAGUCAAA